ACAGUCUGUACGUCUGGAGUGUAGGUCAGUCUUGGUGGACUAGUCUGAUCAGAGCAGUCUGACCUGGAAUAACUGCGAAGAGACGAAUUUCAGAAACCCACUAAAGAUCCUAAAACAAACAAAGUCACACUUUGGAAGAAACAAAAAACACAAGAUGAAAGUCCUCGCCAUCUUUGCAGUAUUCCUUGCCGUUGUCUAUGGAGCUCCAUCAGCAGACAAAGACAAAGUGGACCCAUUCAUCUCUUUGGUGCAAGAAAUCGAAGGCUCCACUUUCUUCCCCACGCUUGACCUGGACGACCGCCUCCUGACGUUUGAGAUGCUCUCCGCCGCGGAGACCACCAACCUCAAGCCCCUGCUGGACAAACUGGGCUACAUUGUCUUGUUGGAAUACAUUGAUGCUCUGCCAGAGGACUAUCAACACCGAUUUGUAAGAUACAGUGUGGAGCAUUUGCAGAACGAAUACCCCAUAGUUCCAGGAUCUUAGAGAUAAUUCCCAAUAGCUAUGAAAAUCAUCCACUGAAGUGGAGCACUCAGAAAACCCGAUCCAAGCUGCACCUUUUAGUCCUUAAAAAAGUUUUAUUAAUUCGCCAUAAGCCAUUUUGUACAUUUUUAUUUAUUAGAAAAAAUCACAAUUCAUUCAAAAAAGACCAAAUAAAUCGUCCAUAUAACAUCCA